AAACCUACCAAGUGCACAAAGCGCUCAAAGCACAAGGGAAAAACAAAAUGCAGAGACUCAUCUCUCUCAAGCUUGCUUCAUCAAAAUUCUCUAAAAAGCUCGCCAUCAGCACAAAUUCUUCACCUUCACUUUCUCAUCCUUAUUACAAUGCCUUCACUUUUCUUGCCAAACCAACCCACCAUAGCUACCAGCAACAAAAUUACAUCUUCGGCUUUUCUCAAUUGAGCCGAACCCACAGCUCCCAUUCAUGCCAAUAUCAUCAUACUCUUUCUCCGAAAGUUCAUGGCUUUCUGUCAAACCCAUUGCUUUCAAAGAAAUUUAUGUCAAAUUUAUCAAAUACCCAUUUCAAGUUCUCAAGCAAAGGGCUUGCUGAUUACAAAUUUGGCAUUUUCAGUGCACGGUUUGCCAGAGGAUAUUCUGGGUUCAAUCAAGGUUUUGGUUCAUAUGGGCGUAGCAGGGGAUCAUGGUUCUAUCAGAUAUCAGCUAAUGACAUGGUUUUAGGUUUGAUCUUAGCCAAUGUUGGUGUCUUUAUGUUAUGGCGAAUUGCUGAUAAAAAAUUUAUGGUGAACAACUUUAUGAUUUCAUUGGACAAUUUCAAAAGUGGACGUGUUCAUACGUUGAUUACUUCUGCAUUCAGUCAUAUUGAUACUGAACACAUCCUAUCCAACAUGAUUGGACUUUACUUCUUUGGGAUGAAUAUUGGAAGAACUUUUGGACCUGAGUACUUGUUAAAGUUGUAUCUAGCUGGGGCAAUUGGCGGUUCACUGUUCUACUUGGGACACCAUGCCUUUAUGGCCUUAUCAACAAAGGGACAAGGAAUGUGGGUGACGGACCCUUCAAGAACUCCAGGAUUGGGGGCUAGUGGGGCUGUCAAUGCUAUAAUGCUGCUGGAUAUAUUCUUGAAUCCAAGAUCCACUCUUUACUUGGAUUUUAUCAUACCAGUUCCUGCCAUCUUACUGGGAAUCUUUUUAAUGGGGAAAGAUGUAUUGAGGAUAUUAGAGGGAAAUAGUAAUAUUUCAGGUUCAGCACAUUUGGGGGGUGCUGCAGUUGCAGCUAUAGCAUAUGCUCGAAUUAGGAAGGGACGUUUCUGAAUUCUUGAUAGAUAUAGUGACAUCUGAUUCUAACUUAUGUUUAAUUGUUCAUUUAUGUUUAGUACAGAAUAUUUCCUUGGCUUCAAUUCCCAACUGUGGAUGUGAUGUAGAAAACAAAGAACACUCAAAAGGGGAAAUGGAAAUGCUCUUUAGUUUGAUUA